UUUAUCCAAACCUUAUAUGAAUCUCUUAUUCUUGACAGCAUUCUUCUGGCAAAUCCCCUCGAGAAUGGAAAAGUGUCUGUUUUAGUUGUUUUAGGACAUGCCGUGCAGGAUAUUGAAAUAGUGACUGAAAGAGAUGAUGAAAUUAAAGAAAAACUUGCACACCUCUUCAUGGCUGGAAAAAGCCAAACUUAUAAUCAAGAAGAGCUGGAUAGAAGGAAAAACCGCUUGAAGAAUUGGUUGGAGAAAAACCACAUCCCUGUAAGAGAACAAGGAGAGUCACAAACAACACUGUGUGUGGCAGGUGUAUUAACCAUUGAUCCACCGUAUGGACCAGAAGAUUGCAAUAGUUCUAAUGAAAUAAUUUUGUGUAGAGUUCAAGGAUUGAUUCAAAGUUAUCUUGCACUUCAGCAGUGAGGCAUAUAGAUCUCAUUACACUUAAAACAUUUGGUAGUUUCAUAAAAAAUAGGCAUUUAAUGGUUGAUGGCCAUGGUCGUGGUCAGCCAGUGUUUCCAAAUUACAUAGUUUUGUGUACAAAUAAUAAUUGUAGUAGUUGUGCUAGUUAUAUUUUCAUAUGAAAAUAAUUUGACUUUUUUCCCCCACUGAGUUCCUGGAAAGUUGUUCUGUAUAUAUAAAAGAAAG